AUGACAGAUUACGCAAAGCCCUGGAAUGGGGCCGACACCUCUGCGAUGUCGGUAGACGCGAAGCCAGAACCAGUCUCACCAACAGUCGAGAUCACAUAUAAUGGCAUAGUUGUGCCCAUUCGCGUGGAAGACCGCACUGUGGAUGGCUUUCAGUUACUGAGGGCUGCCGGAUUGGACGAUUCUGCAGCCGUGAAAGCUCUCGGUGAUUCGCGUGACCGGUGGAUCUCUGAAGAUACCGCAAACAGACUGGCAGCUCAAUACUCAGCAUCCGAUUUGGUGGAAGCUUUGUUUGGAAAGAGCUCUGCUAAAGAUGAGGAAAAGCAGGCCAGCUUCUACACCUCCACCUUCGGCAACGGCGCGUCCGUAAUCAAACGCUUUACCUCCUCCUUCAACAAUGGACUUGCCAGGAGCUACUCAACUCUCACUGAGAACGAUGAUGCUGGUACAGACAAAGGAGAUGGCGAGUCGCCAGCCAAGAAGGCCCGCACUGACCAAUUGAAUGUGCCAGUGUAUGAGCAUGACGGAACCCUACCCUCGGGCUCUGUUGCUCUCAAGCCGCUCACAGAGGCAGAUGUAUCGGAUCUGGAACGGUCAAAGGACGUGAUGACGAUGAUAUUCCUGCCUGGGAAGUCUGCUGAUUCGCUACUAGAGCUUGUGGGAGGCGAUGAAACAGUUCUGAACGGGAUACAGGUGGAUGCACCUAUAGACGAUCUUGGCCAUACGGCACUGCAUUGGGCUGCGACUCUCGGAAAAGUUUCACUGGUGCGCGAUCUGGUCAAAAAUGGUGCCAAUAGACUUCGUGGAAACAACGACGGACAGACCGCACUCGUUCGGGCCGUCAUGGUUACCAACGGCUCCGAAACCUGCAAUUUCGCAGAGUUGCUAGACUAUCUAUACCCUGCGUUGACGAUUGUGGAUAACCAGGGUAGAACAGUUCUUCACCACAUCGCUGUGACUUCCGGAAUGAAGGGCCGCAGCUCCGCAAGCAAAUACUACCUGGAAUCGCUUCUUGAGUGGAUUGUGAAGCGUGGUUCAUCCUUACCGAGCGGCCAUGCGAUUGGCCUGGGUCGUUUCAUGAGCGAAGUGGUCAAUGUCAGAGACAAAAACGGCGAUACCUGUCUCAACAUCUCUGCUCGUGCAGGAAACAAGGCCAUUGCCCAACAGCUAUUGGACAUAGGUGCCGAUCCUAGUCUUCCCAAUAAAGUUGGGUUGAUGCCUGUAGACUUCGGCAUCAACAUUGGUCCAGUGUCCUCUACCAGAGCCUCCGUGUCUUCAUCGGGCCCUCCAGUGAAGGCAGAUACCCAAAACAGCGAGAAGAUCAUUUCCUCGAUGCAGGAGAUGUUGGUGCGGCUAAACGAGGAUUUUAAAAGCGAGAUAGCCACAAAAAGCCGCUCCGUUAAGGAGGUUCACAGCAAGUUGCGCAGCUCGACGUUGCGACUUUCGAGUGCGCGAAGACAACUUGAAGAGCUCCAGGAGGCUGAAAAACGCCUGAUCGAGCUCAAGUCCAAGAUAACCAACGUGGAGCGUGCCAUUGAUGACGAAGAGGCCAAAUUCGCUGAGCAAACAGUUCAGAUUCCGGAGCUUGCCAACUUCGAAGGUGACUUCAACGCGGACGAGCCCUUCACUGUUUGGAGCGUAUUCAAUGCUAUCGAACUACGUCUAGACGAUCUCUUAGAAUCGAAACCUGACUCGCAUCUCACAGAAGACGAUAUCCGGGAUGCCAUCAAACCUAAUGAGAUCCUACAGAGCAUGAUGAUGAGCGGCGUCCCAUUGGAUGACGUGCCACCAGCAGUGGUUCUCAAGGCCCGGAUCAAGGCGUAUAAAGAAAACGAGUCGCAACUUGACGAUUUGGCCAAGGAUCUGCGCUCCAAGUCCUCCGACCUCGAGGCAAAGUUCAAGAAGGUAUUGGCGCUUUGUGUUGAGAUUGACGAAAGCAAGGUUGACGAAUUAGUGGCUUCAUUGGUCCAGGCCGUUGAAAGCGAUCCCGAGGAAGUUGACAUCGCAAGGGUGGCUGGCUUUUUGCGGAAGAUGGAGGGAAGCUGA